CUCACGAUCCCCUCCCCUCCUCUCACUGUCCUCUCUCUCUCUCUCUGUCUCGCUCUCUCUCUCUAAAUCUCGAAGGAGUGAGAUCCUAAGGCGCUGGCAAGGAGCAAGGAGGUUGCAGACCUUCCUCGAUCUUUCUCCCUCUGGAAACGAUGGCUUCGCAUUUUCUCUACCGAUUCGUUACCCAUUUAUUCUUGCUGUAGACCUCUUGAUCUAUGCUCCUCCCUCUAAUCCAGAGCUUUAAUGGCGUUCUGAUACUCAAAUCCGGUAAACUAAGUUGCCAGUUGUGAAGAAACUGAGGAUUUUAUUAAAACCUGCAAAUUGAGCUUCACAAAAUGGAUGAUGGCCUAAAAAUGUACACAUCAGACCAGGUAAAUGGGCUAUCUGAUUUGGGUAAAGAAGCAGAUGGAAAUUCUGAGACUUCACCUCAAACUGAUGAAUCGGUGGUGUUCAAUUCGCUCAAAGGGGAAGUGGAAGCUGGACCCACUUCUACCAAAAGCAAAAACUCUGUCCAUGCCAAGGACUUAGGAAGUGAAAAGCCCAAUCGCUCUAAGUCACAGAAGGCUCAAGGGAAAUCUGGGAAAUCAAAUUCCAGCAUUGAGAAGCCCCAAAGCCCGAAAAGAGUUGUGGCUACUUGGGUGAAAAAGAACAAAGAUGGUAACCAUACAGAUGGGAUAGCAUCACAUGUUUCUAAUGGUUCUGUUACUUCGACUUCUCGUUCAAAGCACAAUGCCAUCCAGCCUUUUGCCCUUGUAACCAACAGGGGAUCUCUCAAUGGGGUGCACCCUGUCGACAGUAAUUUAGAUGGUGGUUCAGGUCAACAGCUUAGAUCCAAGUCUAUGCCAAUUUCAAGGCAGCCCAAGCAUUCUGGGAAUAGUGGAUCAGCUUCCUCCGCUUUUAAGGCCUCACAGUCAGAAAGCACCAAAUUAGAGGACCAAAAUCUAAAGCCGUCCAAGGGAGAAUCAUCCAACAAAGAUGAAGAAGAUGCUCAUUCUACUUCUUCCAGUCCUAGCCUUGCAGAAACUAAGCCCGGAAGAGUCGGUACAACUCCUUCCUAUGGUUUUAGCUUCAGAUGUGAUGAGCGAGCUGAGAAAAGAAAAGAGUUCUAUUCAAAGCUAGAGGAGAAGAUUCAUGCAAAAGAAGUGGAGAAAAGUAACUUGCAGGCCAAAUCAAAGGAGACUCUAGAGGCUGAGAUCAAGCUUCUUAGGAAGAGCUUGACAUUUAAGGCCAAUCCCAUGCCGACCUUUUAUCAGGAACCUGCACCACCAAAAGUUGAGCUGAAGAAGAUACCGCCCACAAGAGCGAAAUCCCCGAAGCUUGGCCGCCACAAGAGUUCAAGCGGCGAUAGCGAUGGAAGCACUGGGCGCUCUUGCCGAUCAGCGCGCCUUAGCCUGGACGAGACCAAGACAAACAAUAAUAGCACACCUCCCUCUCAAAAUCCAAAAAAAUCGCAACGCAAAUCUCUCCCCAAAUUGCCCUCCGAGAAAUCGAACACCCUCCUCGAAUCAGAGGAAAGACCCCUUGAUAAUCAGAUUCCAAACUCAGAUGAGACGCCAGAAUUUGUUGCUAAACCAGAUGAAAUUGAGUCCAUGGUGGAAGAAAGAGAAGGAAAAGCGGUGAUUCAAUUUUCGGAGAACAAAGAAGGUGAGAGUGAGACUGAAGUCAGUGAACCAGUUGUUGUACCUGAGGAUGAACCAGCAACCGAGAAGUGUUGAAACAACGCAAUGUGAAGGCUGAUUGCCAGUAAAUAAAAGAGGUCAGGUCGCCAUUGAGUAUUGGGAGUAGCAAAGAUUGUCGAGGAAGUCUAUUUAUAACUUUUAGAGAGAGAAUGCUACGGUUUGUGGGUGCUUCUUUUGUUCAUAGUGUCAUGAGCUUCAGAGAGUUUUGUUCUCUCUCUCUCUCUCUUCUGUUGCUGGGUAAAUUUGAAUGUCGAGCACUACCUCUGUUGUAUUAAUUAUCCUCUCCUUUUCUUUCUACUGUUAACAUUACCUUAUUUUAUACUGUAAUUUGUGUCAGUUUUCACCUGCUUUUGCUU